GAGACCCAAAUACAUUUCCCGCCAGCCCAUCACCCAGUCCCUAUACAAUCCCUCUCUCACCCCACUUCCCAAUUCUGUUUACCCUAAUUCCCUUUCCGAAUUGAUCCUCAUCCUCGAUCAAGAAAUGGAGGAGAAAUCUAAGCUUGAGGUUACGUUGAUCGGAGAAGCAGAUCCAGAUGCUAGCGCUUCCUCGUCUUCAAGCUCCUCUGCUGAACAGGUAGCAGCUAUGCUGCACGAGAGUGAGAGCGAAUCUGAGAAGAAGAUCGAGUCCGAUGACUCCGAAAUGGUGAAGAAGACUGAGAGUGCCUCUGUAAGUUUUCUGUUUUCAGAGCCUGCAAUUAGGUUUUGGUUUUGUAGAAAAUUGAUUCGUGUUUGGUUUUGUUUCGCGAAGCAGAGCGAGUCCGAGAAGGGUGACAUCGUCGUCGAGACUGAAGAUGGCUCUGAGAGCAAGACUGCCGUGCUUGGUCCUCCCGGUCCCAAAAUGACAUCGCCUCUCCAAUUCAUUCCGAGGGUUUUGAGUACCGAACUGCAGAGGGCUGCUGUAUUGGACAAGAAUGAUCAUACGACAGAGAAGAGUGUGAAGGAAGAUGAGUUAAAGAAAAAGAAGAUGAUUAGAGCAAUCAUGGAGGGCGCCCUAGAAGAGUCAAGUUUUAAAUGUGAAUGAAGUAGAUUUGCCGAAUGCAGUAGAUAACAAGCCUGACCAUACAUGAGACUUCCAACAAGCCUUGCAUCAGACUUUAUCUCCAUAUUCAAUUUCUCAACUUCAUUCUUUGGACAUUGCUUCUUGGUGAGUUUAUCUGCCUUAGACAUUAGAACUUCACCUGGAAAUCUUUCCAAACCUUUUCUGAAUUUUGGCAAUGCUGUUUUUGCUGAGAUAAACCAGUAAACCUUGCGUUC